AUGUCGCAAAGUGGCGGCGGACCAGACUUCAGUCUCUCGGACGAGAUACUAGCGGUGAUCCCAACGGACCCUUAUGAACAACUGGAUCUCGCGAGGAAGAUCACUUCAAUGGCGAUCGCUUCCAGGGUCUCCAAUCUCGACUCCCAAGUCUCCGUCCUGACGCAGAAGCUUCGUGAGAAGGAUAAGGUUGUCUACGAGCUCGAGGGAAGAGCAUCUUCCUUGGAGAGACUCUACCAUGAGGCUGACUCUUCUUUGAAGAAUGCCCUCAACGAAAAUAUGAAACUAAGAGAAGAGAGAGAUUCACUGGCGAUCACUGCAAAGAAACUUGGUCGUGAUCUUGUAAAGCUGGAAGCAUUUAAGAGACAAUUGAUGCAGUCUUUGAGUGAUGACAGUCCAUCUCAAACAGACAGCAAUGACGUCAGACAGGUUGCUCGAGACAAAGAUGAUAAUUCAAAUGGCGGCUUAUCCACAUACGAUUCUUACUCCAACAACAACCAAGGUUUACGGCAGAGAACCUCUUUGACUCCGCCCGGUUUAACUCCAAAGAUCUUAUCGGCUGGUGGUUCUCCGAGAAGCUACUCUUCUGCUUCAUCCCCAAAGCUAUUCUCUGGAGCUGCAUCUCCAACGUCUUCACAGUAUGAUAUACGCAUGUGGUCUUCAUCAAGCCAGCAAUCUUCAGUACCAAACUCUCCUCCUCGCUCACAUUCUACUUCAGCUCGCCACGCGCGGAUUGAUGGGAAAGAGUUCUUUAGACAAGCCAGGAGUCGGUUGUCUUACGAGCAGUUCAGUGCAUUCCUGGCUAACAUCAAGGAACUAAACGCACGGAAGCAGAGCCGUGAGGAAACGUUGAGGAAAGCGGAGGAGAUAUUCGGGACAGGAAACAAUGAUCUUUACAUAUCGUUUAAGGGACUUCUCACAAGCGGGCGCUGAUAUAAAUAUUCUAUAUGAUGAUAACCAACACCAAACCUGCAUACACAACUUUGAAUAUGAUAUCGACUCUUUUAUUCUUCUCAUGACCAAUUCUUUUUGUGCGGAUUUGUAAUAAUAUAUUCAUUGAGAUAUAUGCUCCCUUUUCUUUUCUAAAAAAUAAAGAUAAUCCAAGUUAAG